CAUUACAAUGAUUAGUGUGAGAACUUCCUUGCUUGUGAUUGAUUCUCUUAUUCUACAAUUCAGUGGGCAAUUGAUGUGAAAUACUGAAAUGUCCGUAGAACGUGAACCUAUCUACAAUUUUGCUUUCCUUGACCUAGAAACAACUGGACUCCCUCAUUUGGAAAAUUACACCACAAAAAUCACCGAAUUAAGUAUUUCCAUUGUGCAAAGCGAGCAUCUUUCUUCUGGACAUUUUCCUAGAGUAGUCAACAAAAUUACUCUGUGCUUAAACCCAUGUAAAUCCAUCACACUAACUGCAGCUGAAUUGUCUGGUUUAUCCAAACAUUUAUUGAAACACCAAUCCUCAUUUUCUUCAAAUGUUGUCGAAACCAUCGAAAAAUUUCUCAAUUUGCAUAAGAAACCCAUUUGCCUGGUGGCUCACAAUGGUGGUUCAUUUGAUUAUCCUAUAUUGAGAGCUGAAAUAAAUAAUGUUGAAGGAAAAUUUUUGGAAGAGAUCCUGUGCAUAGAUUCUCUUAAAUGCUUCAAAGAUUUGCAUAAUAAUUCCUCACACCCAACUAAAGUAGGAGCAAAUAUCGAAGAAGAAGUAAAUAGUCCUGCUCCUAAAAAAGUGAAAACUGAGAGGACAAGUUUCAAAUUACAGAAGAUUUAUGAACGAUUGUUUUCAAUGGAACCCGAAAAUUCUCACCAAGCUGAAGGGGAUGUUAAGUGCUUGAUACACUGUGCAUCAAAAUAUGGUGAUGACUUUAUAAGAUGGGCUAAUAAUAAUGCCAAAUUAUUCAAUGAUAUUUCUCCUAUGGGAUCUCGUACAUAAAUAGGUCUUUGAAUAUUUCAGGAAAUCCUCAAUGUGUGAGAACAUAUUCCAAAAAAUUAUUUUAGAUAUAAUGCAGGUAGAUAAUGUAAAUAAUUGUCAAAGGAAUAAAUUUUUUGCAUCCA